CCCAAAUGUAAACACCCCCGAACACAUUUUGAAUACCCAUCAGUAAACCAUCGCCAAAAUGGUCCUUGCGCAGCCAGCAAACCAACAUGUAUCGAAAGCUUUCGACCUCACGGGGAAGGUCGCAGUAGUGACGGGCGGCGCUCGUGGAAUCGGUCUGGAUGUGUCCAGAGGAUUAGCCGAAGCUGGGGCUCAUGUCGCAAUCAUCUAUAAUUCAUCGACAGACGCAGAAGCCGUCGCGACCCAGAUCGCCUCGGCCAACAACGUGACAGUGCGCGCUUACCAGGCAAACGUGGCAAACCAAGACUCCAUCGACGCCGCAACGCGCAAGAUCGUCACAGAUUUUGGCAAGCUGGACAUCGCCGUGGUCAACUCCGGGGUCGCGUCAUGCGUAGCAGCCGAAGAGUACACCCCGCAGCAAUGGAAGCAGAUCAUGGACGUGAACCUGGACGGGGCGUUCUACACGGCCCAGGCAGCAGCAAAGAUCUUCAAAGAGCGGGGACACGGAAAUAUCAUAUUUACAGCCUCGGUCAGCGCGACAUUGGUCAAUGUGCCGCAGAAACAAGCUGCGUACAACGCUUCCAAAGCAGGAGUCGUGCAGCUGGCGAAAUGCUUGUCGGUAGAGUGGGUGGACUUUUGCCGAGUGAACUGCAUCUCGCCGGGCUUUAUCGCCACUGAGAUUCUAGACAUUCAUCCUGCGGAAUGGAGAGAUAAAUGGAUGGAUAUGAUCCCCGCCAAGCGAAUGGCGCAGACCUAUGAACUAAAAGGCGCAUAUGUGUUUUGUGCAUCGGAUGCUUCGAGCUAUAUGACUGGCGCUAACAUAGUUAUUGACGGCGGUUAUACCCUCCCCUAGGGUUGGAUACAGGUUAUAAUGGACAUUUUUUCGUAAGAUUUGAUAAUGAUGACUAUUUGCG